GCCAAAAAAAGCCUGUUGGGUCGGAGGAGUGCAGGGAGGAGAGGGGGUUUGGCGUGGAAGCAGCAGAAAUGGCCAGCAAAGUGGCAGAUUUGUUGUACUGGCGGGAUGUGACCAAAACGGGCCUGGUGUUCACGGGACUGGUGGUGGGGUUGGCCAGCCUGUUCCAGCUCAGUGCCAUCUCUGUUCUGUCCAAUCUGGGCCUGGGCAUCAUGUUUUUCACCCUGUUUGUGCGGCUCACCUACAGAUCCAUGGACCUGGUCCGUCUCAACGAUGGGACGCAUCCCUUCCAGUCAUACCUGGACGAGGACAGCACUUUGACGGAUGAGGACACGAUUCGUGUUGUGGAGAAGAUAGUUCUUCUGAUCGCCAACCUCAUCACAGAGCUGAAGAGACUCAUCUUCAUCGACAGCACUGUGGACUCACUGAAGUUUACCUUUCUGCUGUACCUGCUGACCUAUGUGGGGCUCCAAACCAAUGGUCUUACUCUUCUGAUUUCUGGAGUUAUUUGUGCAUUCUCUCUGCCUCUGGCCUACAAACUUCAGCAGGCGCGUGUGGACAAGAUCAUCAGUGUAGUCACAUUAUUAGUGGACAAAACCAAAGAGACUGUGGAGCUCAUCGUGUCGUUGGCCAAACCUCAUCCACCCCCUGCUCCUGCACCCACCCCUGCACCCACAACCAAACUCAAACUAAAGGCUAAAUAAAGAGGAUGUGGAUGAAGAGAGUGAGAAGGAGGAUGAAGAGAGUGUAAUGGAGGGAUAGACGGAGUGAUAAAGAAGAAGAUAAAGACAGUCUUAUUGUAUCCAGGGUCUUACUGUGCGGAUGGGGCCUGUGGGCAGGUGGAGGUGGUUGCAGAAUUAAAUGGGGUGCUGGUAGGGAGGGAAAGCUCUUAACCCUCUGGGGUCCACGAAAGUAGAUAUUUAUUUAUGCUGAAAUAUGGAUUAAAUUUCAUAACUAACUCUCACUACUCCUCCAUACAUUUCCCUUUCUCUCUCACUCACUUACAAAGGCAGCAAAACUACCAGUCAUUAAAAGUGCUUUACAAAUUAAAAAAUACAAAGAAUAAGUCAAAUUAAAAACAUGUAAAAGAAGAAUAACAAUAAAAAUGGAAAUAAAAAUAAAAUAAGAAUAAAGCAUAAAUUAAAUGUGAUUAAAACAACAUAUUUAAAAGAGGGAACAUUAACAAAAUGAAUUAGAAUAAAAGUGCUGUUAAAAAAUAGCAGUGUUUUAAACAGAGCUAAAGACUUGAUCAAACCUGAAGGUUUUCAUCCUGGGUUUAAAAGUGUCGAGUGUUGGGACUCUUCUAACGCUCUCAGUCAACUAUAAAACUAUUAAUUAAUUACAAUAUGCUAUUAAAUUUGUCUCCUUCUCAUAAAUAUAGAAAAAAAAAAUUGUUUUAACCAUUAUAUCAUCUUGUAGCCAGAUGACAGAUUCAGUAAUCCAUCAUCUGCCCCUCAGGCUAUGUUCACAUUACCAGGCUAAAGUGACUCAAAUUAGAUUUUUUUGCUCAAUGUUGCUCAGAUCUGAUUUUUUUGAUGGCUGUGUGAACGUGCCAAAUCAGAUUUUUUCAAAUCAGAUUUGAGCACAUUUCAAAGAUGGUCCUAAAUCAGAUACAUCAUAAUUCAGAUCCAUGUGAGCUGCUAACUCAUCCAUUUCCCUUUAUAAAGCUACAAGUCUCUCGUCUCUCUUAUAUGAGUUUUUUGUUGUUGUUGAACAAGGAGACGUUUAUACAGGUAUCAAUGUGCAGCAUGUGAGACGGCGUUUCAGGAACAGAUUCGUUCACAUUACACACUGAUACAAAUCACUUACAUUUACAGUGAAUGUGAACCGACAAGAUAGACAAAUAUGAUCUGGGCAAAAAAUCUGAUUUAAGCAAUGUGGCUUGUAAUGUGAAUGUAGCCUCAUCUGUGAUUGGUGGAUCCGUGCAUGUGUGUGUCGAUGUUUUGUAUGAAAUUGAUUAAUUGAAAUUCAGGAAGUGCUUACUUAAUUGUUUAAUUGUUAAUUGACUUUAAAUCCUGCUUUGCCCUGGUGCUUAAUCAUAGCCCUGUUACUCCAAAUGUGAGUCACGAACAAUCUUUUUAUAAGAUGAAAAUAAAAGUGCAGAUUUUACAGUCAUUACUUUUUUUUUUUUACCAUAUUUCUGCAUCCUGUAUAUUUUAGUACUAUUAAUAAGGACAUUUAUAAUAAUAAUAAUAAUAAUAAUAAUAAUAAUAAUAAUAAUAAUAAUAAUAAUAAUAAUAAUAAUAAUGGCUGGUGAGUUUGUGGACCCCAGAUGGUUUAUUAUCUUAUGGUGCUCUGAUUUUAUUAUUAAAACUAAUUUUACUAUUAAAAUUAUUACAGUAACAUAUGUCUGUACUGGUUCCUAAUGAACAAAUAAAACAGAAGCAGUUGACCUCAGAUGGAUCUGAGUGGAACUAUUGUCACCAAAUCAUAAUGUACAGUAAGUGUAAUGUGAUUAUUUAAAUAAAGACAGUUUUUUUCACAUGGCAGUGACUUUA